ACCUCUUUCUCCUCACGUGUCACCUUCCCCAAACCCCCCCUCUCUCUCACACACUCACCACCACAACUCACUCGCCGCCACCCCCACCCCUAUCACCACCACAGCAUCGCCGCAUGCGGCGGAGCUCUCUCUCUCUCUCUAAAAGUCGUUGCUGAUAUAGAGAGUGCUGUUGCUUGUGGUGAUUCUUGUGCCUCACCUAAUUUUGGUACGUUUAACUAAUCAUAACUCUCGCUCUCUCUCUCUCUCUAUCUGUGUCAGAUCUAUUAUCACACACGACAUACGAGCAAAAAGAGGAGACGACUAAACCUGUGUUCGUCCGACUUGGACUUCCACGUUCCUCCAGUAUAAGGUAGGGUGUGCAGCGGAUAUUUCGAUCUGUCUAAACCGAUCGAACCAAUCUGAUCCAUCGCAUGUUGGACGGAAGCGUGAUGACGAGCGGACGGUUGCAGAUUGAUUUUUUUCAAUCUGUCUAGUUUGGGAUGGAUGACGAAUUUGAAGUUUCUUUAGCAGCAACCGAUCCACCAAACCACAAGCACCUCUAGUAAUUUAUUUUAUACUUUCAGGAGCUUCUUCAAAUUAAUUGAGGGUACGUAGUGUGACAAACAGUUAAAAGUGAGGGGAAAGGAUUAUUUGUACUGGUUGAAAUGGGGGCUGGGGAAGACAGCACGCCUGCUAAGGCUUCCAAGCCAAAUUCUUCAGCUCAGGAAACCCCAACAAUGCCUUCAUAUCCUGAUUGGUCAAGCUCUAUGCAGGCGUAUUAUGGUGGUGGUGCUCCUCCUCCAUUUUUUGCCACAACUGUUGCUUCUCCUACUCCCCAUCCUUACCUAUGGGGAGGCCAGCAUGCUUUGAUACCACCAUAUGGGACACCAAUUCCCUACCCAACUCUAUAUCCCCCAGGAGGAGUUUAUGCUCAUCCUAAUAUGGCCACGGCUCCAAGCAUGGGACAUACAAAUGUGGAGUUGGAAGGGAAGGCCUCUGAUGGGAAAGAUAGGGCUUCAUAUAAAAAAUACAAGGGAACUUCAGGAAACACUGGCGUGAUUGGUGGCAAGGGCAGAGAAAGUGGGAAGGCAACUUCAGGUUCAGGAAAUGAUGGUGCCACAAAAAGUGCUGAAAGUGGAAGUGAAGGUUCAUCAGAUGUAAGUGAUGAGAAUAACCAAGAGUAUGCUGCAAAUAAGAGAGGAAGCUUUGACCAGAUGCUUGCAGAUGCAGCCAAUGCACAGAAUAACACUAGUGGGCCAAAUUUUCAAGCACCAGUGCCCGGGAAUCCAAUUGUGUCUGUGCCUGCAACUAAUCUGAACAUUGGAAUGGACUUAUGGAGUGCAUCCCCAGCUGGUACUGGAGCAGUGAAAAUGAGACCUAAUCCUCCUGGUGUAUCACCUACUGUUGCUCCAGCAACAAUGGUUGGACGCGAAGGCAUACUGACCGACCAAUGGAUUCCAGAUGAACGUGAAUUAAAGAAACAAAAGAGGAAGCAAUCUAAUAGGGAGUCAGCUAGGAGGUCAAGAUUACGCAAGCAGGCAGAGUGUGAAGAGCUACAAGCCCGGGUAGAGGCACUGAACAAUGAAAAUCGCAUGCUCAAAGAUGAGUUGCAGAGGCUUUCUGAGGAGUGUGAGAAACUUACAUCCGAAAAUAAUUCCAUUCAGGAAGAGUUAACUAGGGUGAGCGGGCCCAAUGGGGUAUCUAAACUUGAGGACAAUAACGCUAACAAACAUCUUAAGUCUCGCCACCGCGAGGGAAACCAUUGAGAGCUAGAGACUGCAAAAGGAAAAUAAUAGUCUGCAGUUGGGGAGUUUUUCUUGAAGUCCGUGACAAAUUUUCGACUGUAUCCUUUGAUUAAGCAGAGUUUGUUAUACUUGCUGAUCUAUACCCUUACCUGUUCUUUUUUAUUUUAUGUGAUUCUAACAUGAGGUAGAGAGCUUUUGAUUAAUCUACACACAUAAUUGAUCCAUCAUUAUAAAGGAGAGGCCUUGAAGGAACUGUAAAUACAUGUAAUUUUAAUGUCUGUUUUGCAGUGUAUUUUUUCUUUUGGGAAGUCCUUCCCAAUAAGAUAAGUGAGCUGCCUUUUGAUCUUGGAUACUGUUUCUAUUGCAGCAUAGUUUUGUUCUGUAAAUUCGUCUUAUGAGUUCAGUUUUUCUCA